UCCUAGUGGAGGGCGGUUCCUGGCUGAGCAGCAAGUCAGGACAGUGGAGCUGGUGGUGCUCUGCGCGGCUGCUGGAGAUCCCGGGUCCGUGAAGGAACGUCUCCAAAAGGUGAUCAGCAGGAGAAAAAAGCGCGAGCAUGGCGGUCGAGGAGGAAGGACUUAAAGUGUUUCAGAGUGUCAAAAUAAAAAUAGGAGAAGCCAAGAACAUCCCUCCCUACCCCGGGCCGAACAAAAUGAGGGACUGUUACUGUACGGUGAACCUGGACCAGGAGGAGGUGUUCAGAACGAAAAUCAUCGAGAAGUCAUUAUGCCCAUUCUAUGGCGAAGACUUUUACUGCGAAAUCCCACGCAGCUUCCGCCACCUCUCCUUCUACAUCUUCGACAGGGACGUCUUCAGGAGGGACUCCAGCAUCGGCAAAGUGGCAGUGAAGAAGGAGGACCUGCAGAAGUACCAUGGCAAAGACACCUGGUUCCAGCUGCAGCCAGUCAGCGCAGACUCUGAGGUGCAGGGAAAGGUUCACUUGGAGCUGCGUCUGAGCGAGGUCAUCACAGACAGCGGAGUCGUCUGCCACAAGCUGGCAACCCGAGUGCUUGAGUGCCAAGACUUGCCAAUUGUUAAUGGACAGUGUGAUCCUUACGCUGCAGUGUCCUUGCAAGGGCCAUCCAGAUCGGAAGCCAAAAAGACCAAGGUCAAGCGGAAAACCAACAACCCUCAGUAUGACGAAGUCUUCUACUUUGAGAUCACCAGACCACUCAACUACACAAAGCGACAGUUUGACGUGGAGGAGGAAGAUGUGGAUAAAUUAGCUCUCAGGGUGGAUCUGUGGAACGCCAGUAACCUGAAGUUCGGAGACGAGUUUUUAGGUGGUGUUCGGGUGCCACUGAAGGUUUUGGGCCAGGAGGGCAUUCAUGAUGCAUGGUACUUCCUUCAACCGAGGGAUAACGGCAGCAAGUCGGUGAAGGCAGAUGAACUGGGUUCUUUAAGACUCAACAUUGUUUACACAGAGGAUCACGUCUUCCCUUCAGAGUGCUAUAGUGACCUCACUGAUCUGCUUUUGCAGUCUGCACAGAUGAAACCUGUCUCAGCAUCAGCAGCCCACGUCCUUGGAGAAGUAUGCCGGGAGAAGCAGGAAGCGGCUGUCCCACUUGUUCGUCUCUUUCUGCAUUACGGCAAAAUCGUGCCUUUUGUCAGUGCAAUCGCCAAUGCAGAGGUUAACCGCACACAGGAUCCCAACACAAUAUUUCGGGGCAAUUCGUUAACGUCUAAAUGCAUCGACGAGACCAUGAAGCUAGCAGGAAUGCACUAUCUCCAGGUCACUCUCAAGCCCAUUAUUGAUGAGAUCUGUACAGAUCACAAGCCUUGUGAAAUCGACCCUGUAAAGCUAAAGGAAUCAGAGAAUCUAGAGACCAACAGGGAGAACCUGCGGCAAUAUGUGGACCGCAUCUUCAACGUCAUCACUACCUCUGGCGUCAGAUGCCCCACCGUCAUGUGCGACAUUUUCUUCUCGCUACGAGAAUCUGCCGCCACCCGUUUCCAAGUGGACCAAGAUGUGAGAUACACAGCCGUCAGUAGCUUCAUCUUCCUGCGUUUUUUCGCCCCAGCGAUCCUAUCACCCAACCUUUUUCAACUUCGGCCACAUCAUCCAGAUCCUUGUACAUCACGGACUCUGACGCUCAUUUCGAAAACCAUCCAGACCCUAGGGAGCCUUGCCAAGUCUAAAUCUGGCAACUUUAAAGAGUCUUACAUGGCUGCGUUUUACGAUUACUUCAAUGAGCAGAAGUAUGCAGAUGCUGUGAAAAAUUUUCUCGAUCUGAUUUCAUCGUCUGGGAGGUGGGAUCAGAAGAGCAUCGAAACACCCAUCAUGUUAAAAGAAGGAUUUAUGAUCAAAAGGGCACAAGGGAGGAAACGAUUCGGAAUGAAGAACUUCAAGAAGAGAUGGUUCCGGCUCACAAAUCACGAGUUUACUUACCAUAAAACCAGAGGUGAAGCAGCGUUGUGUAGAAUCCCUAUCGAGAACAUCUUGGCUGUGGAGCGAUUAGAGGAGGAGUCUUUCAAGAUGAAGAAUAUGUUCCAAGUAAUCCAGCCAGAGCGGGCGCUAUACAUUCAGGCCAACAAUUGUGUAGAGGCACGGGACUGGAUUGACAUCUUAACUAAAGUUAGCCAGUGUAACCGCAAGCGCCUGAGCACCUACCACCCUUCAGCCUACCUCAACGGCCACUGGCUGUGCUGCAAACAGGCCAUCGACUCUGCUCCAGGCUGCACACCCUGUACCGGUGGUCUACCUGCAAACAUUCAACUUGACAUAGAUGGAGACAGAGAGACUGAGCGCAUCUAUUCACUGUUCAGCACCUACAUGUCCAAGCUGGUCAAAAUGCAAGAGGCGUGUGGCAGUAAGUCGGUGUACGACGGCCCUGAACAGGAGGAAUACUCCAGUUUUGUCAUAGAUGACCCACAGGAGACCUACAAGAUCCUAAAGCAAACCAUCGCAGCCGUGCAAAAACUGGAGCAGCAGCAUGCACAGUACAAGCGUGAAAAAUUCAGGAAGACCAAGUAUGGUAGCCAGGAGCAUCCAAUCGGCGAUAAUAGCUUUCAGUGCUACAUCCGCCAGCAGUCGGAGAGCUCUACCUAUUCGAUCUGACCCAGCCUAUCACCACCACGCCCUUCUCUCUGCAGCACAUAUCACGGCAAUGCCUGUAUUCACAGGUAUAAGGGGUGCUGGUUCACAGGAACAUGAGUGUGGGAUUAGGCAAAAGAGGAUCUCACAGAAAGCUACAGCUUCUAUUCUUGUACAAACCCAGUCAACAGCUUUCCACAGAACUGUGUGCACUUUAGUUGUCACACCCGGCCCGGUGACGAUGAAGCGCUGCCUCGUGGCAACAUUUUAACUGAGGGACUUUGUUUAUCGGUCUUGAGAAUUUUUAUUUUAGCUCUUCUACGUCUUCAGGACCAAACUGCAGUUUUAAGAACCCUCUGCUUUUCGCUAUGAAGCGCACCAGUGCAUGCCUAAGUAAUGAGAGCCUUGUGGCCGAUCCCAGCUCAGAAUUGUUAAGAAUCUACCAGAUGUACGGACACAUAAUUCUAAGCAUUUAUUAAUGCAUGGUAGCAUCAUCCGUGUGUACAAAAUAGCUCAGCCAAAGUAACACAGAAUUUGUAUAAUGUAGCCCAGAAAUUGAGUAGGUGUUUAAUUCUUCUGAAUUGGGAUGCUGACUGAAAGGACCUAUCUGAAUCAGAUGUUCAUUGUAAUGAUUGUUUCAUUUCUUAUAAUGGCAUUGUUUGAGAGCCUAGUUUUAGUUUUUUUUUUUCCUGCACUUUGUCCAUGUCCAGACUUGUUACAGUGUUGUUUCAUGCCUUUUUGAGAACAUUCCCUUAGCCAAAUAUAACGGCAACUGAAGGAUCGAAGCAUGUUAGGAAAUGAAGUUAGUGAUACCAUGUCCACAAAACCUGAACUGGGCAUAGAUACUAUAACGAUCUGGCAUGACACUAAAACUCAUUAUUUCGAGAUCAUUUUUAAAGCCAGUACUUUUUGUAAAGUGCACCUUUUUUUUAAAAAGCGGAGGUUUUAGAUCAUCUGUAUGGUUUUGAUUUUAUUUGAUCUAACUCUUCAGUUUAAAUGGACCUGUCUUACCAGGUCCCUUUUGCCAGUUAUGCUAUCGCCAGACGUGUGCUUUUUUGUACUUUUGUUGUGAUUUAUGUACUGUAAAUAAUGCAUUUGCAAUCUGUGUACUGAGAAUAAUUUCUUUCUGUUGUGUGCGUAUGUGUGUGUGUGUGUGUGUGUGUGUGUGUGAGACUGAGAAUCGAAACACGUGUUAGGAAAAGAUUUCAUAUCUUAAUGAUAAUGUUCUUUUUUUAACAAACAUUCUCCCAAGACUUGUAAAUGUAACCCAAUUUUGUGUAUUACCAAAAUUUGUGUACGUUACUGAUACUAAUGACUCAAUUCCUUUGCUAUAGUUCAUCCAUUGGUGCAUGUUUUAGUGUGAAUAUAAUGUUUUAAUAUAAGCCAGACGAUUUUUGCUACCCACUCCGAAAAAAAAAAGAUGUUCAGUAUUUAUUUUUAUAUCACAAUAUAAAACAUUUUGUGGACGAGAUUAUUUGAAUACAAAAAAAAAAAAAGGUCUCCAUACGCAGAGUAUGAAAGAUGCAAUAAUUUCACGAUCCGUUCUUUUUACCCGGAUAUCUGAUCGGUUACAAACGAUAAUGGAGAACUCAUUUUUAGCUCGAGAUCAAUGCUCUUCACAGCGAAACCUUAAAAAAGGAUGGAACAGUGUAUUUUGUAUAAUCAUAUAAAGAGUAUUAUUACAAAUCUGUGAUGUGUAGAGGUCAAUGUAAAAUGAAUGAUGAAAUGUAGAUGCAAAAAGUGUUUGUUUGUUUUUUUUUGUCUAAAUGAAGGCAAUAGCAAUGAAACCAUCA